AUGUUCGUUUUCCUCUUGUGUCUCGUUUGCCUGUCAUCGGGUCAGGCUAAGGCCCGAUAUGACUGGAGACUGAGCAAGGAGUGCACGCCUUCGGGUUCGAAUCUCCACGACUUCAAGAUACGGAACGUCACGGAAGACGCUGAAAUCGACUUCAGACUCCUGACCGGUGGCAAGCUCACACUCAUUGUGAACGUUGCGACCUACUGUGAAUACACGUCGCAGUACCUCGAGCUGAACGACCUCCAGAAAAAGUUUGGACCGAGCGGAUUCCAGGUGAUCGGUUUCCCGUGCAAUCAAUUCAACAAGGAAGAGCCCGGUUCGAAAAUCGAAAUUUUGAAUGGAGUCCUGCAUGUGCGUCCCGGAAAAGGAUUCGUCCCGAACUUCCCGCUCACUAGGAAGGUCGACGUCAAUGGGAAAGAGCAGCACGCGAUCUACACGUUUUUGAAAAAUGCCUGUCCAGUGUCGCCGCAGUCGCUUUUCGCGAAACGUGAACAACUGUACUACGAUCAUCUGCAUGUGAACGAUAUCCGUUGGAACUUCGAGAAGUUUUUGGUGUCUCCCUCCGGCGCCCCUCUGCGUAGAUAUCACUCAUCCAUAAAGCCGAGCCAACUAGAGGGCGACAUUGAGCAGUUCCUCCUGUUCAGCAGUUUCAAAUAA